UUUCGAUGAAAAACUACUGGGGUCAGUCUUGCAUUGAGUGAUUCUGUGUUGGCGUAUAUAACCCAUUGAUGUUAGAGAGUGAAAAUGGUUUCAUGCAGAAGAAAAAAUGAAGAAAAUGAUAUAAAAAUUUUAACUUUUGAAAUGUAUUUUUUUGUUAUUGUUGUUGUGUGUGUUUUUGUUUGGUUUCUCACUUCCUACCAAGACAGAAUUAUUUCAUACCUAGGUUUCGAACUCGAGGUCUCUGGUUAAGGGAUGAGGAGUUUGGAUAUGGAAGAACAGAGGAGUUUGGAAUCUGUGCUAUUCUACAUUUUGUUUUUUCGUUGUUAUGUAUUUUUGCUUUUGUAUAAAAUUUGAUUCUGAUUUCCCCAUGUUAAGGUGUUCAUGGUUCUGUUUCAAUUAUUAUUUUCUAUUUUUAUGUUUCAUCUGUUAAAUAAGGGUUUUGAUUCUUUGAUGCUGUGAUAUCUCGUUAGUUUUGUUUCUGAUGUAUACUGAGGAUUAGGGUGUGUUUGAUAUGAAGGAAAAUGUUUUUUUAGGAAAAUAAGUCGGGAUCUUGCACCCAAGGGUGUGUAUUGUGUGGUCAAUGAAGUGGUUGAGAGCCAUGAGGUUUCAGGUUCAAAUUUCAGUGGAGACAAAAAUAGUCGGUGAUCCGUUCUUAUCUGUCCUAGACUUGGUGGAUAGAGAUUCGUGGUACUUGUUGCCGGUGGGAGGCAAGUAUUCCAUGGAAUUAGUUGAGGUGUGUUAAAGCUGGUUUGAACAUCACGUUCAACAAAAUAUAUAAAUAAGUAGGUUCUAUACUUAUUUUCUUGUAUCCGUUACGUAAGCAGAAAAAAUAUUUUCUUAAAAACAUUUGUUAUAAUCUAGAAUAAGGGUUAGGGGGCGAAGAUUAGGUGUGUUGGAUGGUUGAAGGACAUAAUUAAUGUGGAAUGCCUUGCCUUGCGCCAGUUCCAGUCAUGAGAUGACUUUUCUCUUACUCGUGUUUAAAAGGAUUGUAGAGAAGAUGUUUAAAAGAAAUAGUAAUAGCGAAGAUGUCAGUGAUGAAACAUGACUUAGUGAACAGUGGGAGAAAAUUGCGUUACGACGUAUAUAUGAUGACUGAUGAACUGAUUAUUAUGCAGUCAACUCUUUUAUACUGUCUCAGACUGAUCUCUUUAGGAAUUUCUGAACAUGAUGAAGUAUCGGUUUAUCAAUACUUGUUGUUAUUAUACUUUACUUGAGCUGAAGGUCUAUCAGAAACAACCUCUCUGUCUUCACAAGGUAGGGGCAAGGCUGCGUACACACUACCCUCGCCAAACCCCACUUGUGAGGUUAUUACACUGAGUUUGUUGUUGUUGUUGAUGAUGAUGACAUAUCGGUUAGAUACUUAACAAUAUCAUCUGUUUUCUAUUUAAAAAUUCAUGUAGUUAUUUGAUAAAACCAACAUUCUAUAGUACUUCCUAUUAGCUUCUGAAAAAAUGCCAGGAGUUCUCAUAGAUCUGUAUCGAAUACCGUUCAACAUGGAAUGUCAUCUAAUAAGUUAUUAUGCUAUGCAUAAAUUAUUCCAGUCAUCAUGUUGGUAAAAUUCAGACAUUGUUUCUGCUUUUUUUUUUGUGGUUUAAAUGCAGAUGUAAUGUUUUUUCUGUUUUUUUUGGGCAUUGAAAGGAAGAAGAUAUACCUUAACCUCAUUGAGCUCCUUAAAGUUCUACAUUAGUAUAAUAAAUGGCGCCAAACUCGAAGUCUAGAGUUACAAAGGCCUUUGAGGCAAUGAAGGUUUUUGGCUAUAGUGAAACAGUUGUGAAGCCAGUGUUGAGGAACCUUCUGAAUUUGUACAACAAAAACUGGAAGCUUAUUGAAGAUGAGAAUUAUUCUGUUCUUUUGGAGUCUAUUAUAGACAGCGAAGAGUCUAAGGAAAAGCAGAAAUCCUCGAUGGAAGAUGAACCGGAAGAAAAUGAACCACCAUUGAAAAGAUCUAGGCUCUACUCCCAGGGAAAUCAUUCUUCAGCUGCUAAACACGAUGCCGGCCCUAGUGUUGACACAUGUACUUCAGAGUUGCAGCCUUACGGCAAGCAGAAGAUGGCUGAUAUCACCACCGAGUCUUGUGAAACUCAGGAUGUUGAAAUGAAGCCUCGCUUUCUCUUGAACCAUCAUCAGCGCAAAGGUAAGAAACAGAUUUCUUCAGAGGCUUCUCCUGUUUCAGAGGAGGAUAAUGACAUUGUAGUACUGUCUGAUGAUGACAAGCAAGAAACUCGUAUUCUGUCAUCUCAUUUGAAACUAAAGAAAAGGGGAGACACAUCUCGUUUAUAUUCUGCUGUGAAACCCAAAAGAAGACUAGCUUAUAGUAGUAGCCUGGAAGAGCCAAAUGUUAUGGGUUCUACUGAUGUAUCCAAAGAAGGUGCUCUGGUUGAGUAUAGCUUCAGUGAUGCAAUGCCACUUUCUGAUACCCUGCCAGGUUUUGAUGUUCCUCUUGCUGUUGUUCCUUCAGACUUGGAGCGUCUCAACUCUGAACAUCUGGGUACAGAAGGAAAUAAAGAAGAUGCAACAAAUUCAUCACGACUAAAUAUUGCUUCCACCCCGAACGGGGAAGUGAAACUCUCUUUUGUCUAUAAGAUAUAUUCUUCAUCAGAUUUUUGCCCACCAAGUUUAGAUGCAGUCUUUAAGCGGAUGGAGGAAAAGUAUAUGAAGUCCUACAGAUUUUCUCAACCUGGUUUUCUGCUAAGUCUGAUGGAAAAUCUGUGUAAAUGCUAUCUGACAGCUGGCACCAGGACCAGGACAGCAAAUGAGCCAUCAGCUGGGAUAUGGUCCCAGAAACUUCACCCAGUAGGUGUCAGAUAUGAUGCUACUAAUCAUGAAUUGCACUUUGCUCCAGACACUAGCAAUGGCUCAUUCAAAUUGUCGAAUUUGAUCAAAAUCUUACCUCAAAUUCCAACAUUUACAGCUUCAGGAAAUAGGGAUAUAAUGUGCUACAUGGUGGAUUUUAAUGGUACAAGGAUUAAUGGUGCUGAGAAGGACAACACUAACAAGCUUCUUAAACUCCUUGCCUCUUCAACUAUGAACAAUUCAGUGCUUGUUCAAAGUGAACACUCAUCUCCUGGUCUUCGUAAUUCUGUUUAUUAUAUUGAAGACAUCUCCAAUGGUCAAGAGGAGCAUAAAAUUUCGUUGAUUAAUGCAUUCAGCCAUGUCCUGCCUGUCUUCAAGUACAUACCUAAAAAUGUUAUUUUCCAAAACGCAUAUGUGAAGUUUCUUCUUGCUCGUAUAUCAGAUGACAGCUGUUGUUCAAACUGCAGCGGGGAUUGUUUGUCCCAAGAUAUACCCUGUGCUUGUGCUGGUGAAACAGGGGGUGAAUUUGCCUACACAUCAGGUGGUUUGCUCAAGGAGAAGUUUCUUGAGAGUUGCAUCUCAAUGAGUUGUGAACCCCAAAAGCAUGGUUUAGUAUAUUGUCAGGACUGUCCCCUUGAAAGGUCUAAGAAUAAUAGCGUGUCUGGCCUGUGCAAGGGUCAUCUGGUGAGGAAAUUUAUCAAAGAGUGCUGGCAUAAAUGUGGCUGCAGCAGGGGAUGUGGAAAUCGUGUUAUUCAGCGAGGCAUAGCAGUGCCAUUGCAGGUGUUUAUGACAGCUGAUGGGAAAGGUUGGGGUCUCAGGGCACUGGAGGAUUUGCCUAGAGGUGCUUUUGUUUGUGAAUAUGUAGGAGAAAUAGUGACCAACACAGAGUUGUAUGAGCGAAACACGCAAACUGCUAGUGAGAGACACACAUAUCCGGUUUUGCUAGAUGCAGACUGGGGUUCGGAAGGUGUCCUGAAGGAUGAGGAGGCACUUUGUUUGGAUGCAACAUACUAUGGCAAUAUUGCAAGGUUCAUUAAUCAUAGAUGUUAUGAAGGUAACUUGAUUGAGAUCCCAGUUGAAGUAGAGACUCCAGAUCAUCACUACUACCAUAUUGCUUUUUUCACUACGAGGAAAGUUAAUGCUUUAGAAGAGUUAACUUGGGAUUAUGGUAUUGACUUCACCGAUCAUACUCAUCCAGUGAAAGCUUUCAAGUGCUGCUGUGGAAGUAAAUCUUGUCGAGACACCGGCCUUUAAAGAGAGCUAGGAAGUAUACAUUGAUGAAGAUUACUCCUCACUGAUGAUGCUGAUCUCAUCGAUAGCUCAUAUAGAUAUGAUAUAGGUAAUACAAGAAACAGUCUUGUUAUUUCUGGAAAAGAACAGCUGGUGUUAACACAGAUGAAGAUUCCUUCUUACUCAUGAUGUUGAUCGCUUCGAUCAAGAAGCACACUUUAGUUUUUCUGAAAAGUACUGCUGAUGUUAUGUUCUACCAGUUGAUGAGAUUGCACAUGACUAUGUUGGAAAAAACAUGUUUUAUUUUGAGUAUAUGACUUCUUGGAUA